AUGGUUUUGCAGAUGAUUAGAAGAUGGAUGUUAGGUGAUGAUGAUGGUGAUGAUGAUGAUGAAUUUGGUUUGAUUGAUUCACUUACUGCAGAGAGAUUAAGUCAUAGAACAGAUCGAGGAGCAGGAUGGCGUCAUGUCCAACAACUUAUGCAUGGAUCAGAUACACAAUGUUAUGACAUUCUCCGAAUGAACCAAAGAACUUUUGAGGCUUUAUGUAAGAUGCUAACUACACGAUAUGGAUUACAAGAGUCUGAAAAUGUCUACAUUGAGGAAUCUGUUGCCAUGUUUCUUGAGGUCGUUGGUCAGGAUAAAACUAUCCGAGAUAUAGCUGCAAGAUAUCAGCGGUCAUUGGAUACAGUGAAAAGGAAGGUUGAUGAUGUUUUGAGUGCUCUCAUCAAGUUUGCAGCAGAUACACUAAAGCCACAAGAAGGUGAAUUUACAAGAGUAAACCCUGUUUUGAGGAAUGAUGAUCGAUAUUGGCCAUUUUUUAAAGAUUGUGUUGGAGCACUUGAUGGAACUCAUAUCCCGGUUCGCCCUCCAAGUCGAUCUGCAGAAGCAUAUAAAGGUAGAAAGCAAGAACCAACAAUAAAUGUUCUUGCUAUAUGUAACUUUGAUAUGAAGUUCAUAUACGCAUAUGUCGGUGUACCUGGUAGAGCACAUGAUACAAAGGUCUUGACUCAUUGUGCGAGGUAUGAACCUUUUUUCCCACAUCCGCCUAGUGGGAAGUAUUAUCUUGUUGACUCUGGGUAUCCCACAAGGAGAGGGUAUCUUGGUCCACAUCGUGGUUUGCGAUAUCAUCUUGGUCAAUUUGCUAGAGGAGGACCACCAGUAAGUGCAAGAGAAUUGUUCAACAGAAAGCAUUCAGGUCUGCGAUCUGUGAUUGAGAGGACAUUUGGAGUGUGGAAAGCAAAAUGGAGGAUUUUGGAUCCCGCAGACGCUACCGCUGCCACUACCGCUUGCGACAAUGAAACGAACAGCACCAUUGUGUUUGCUUUAACUAGUAACUAA